AUGCGCGCCGGAAUGCUGCUGCUGCUGGCGCUGCGGCGGGCGUCGGCCGCCGAGCCGUGCGCGCUGUGCAUGGCCGCGCAUCCGAACCACCCCUUCAAAUGGGGCAGAUGCAUGCCGCCGCGCGACCAAUGCUCACCACCAAAAGGUGUCGAGCUCGUCGUCGUGCGCGGCACGGGCAACAAGUGGUUCGCCGAGGACUUUUUGGAUCAGUUGAGGUACUUCGCGCACGGCAGCCGGCACCUGGACGGCGCCUGCGACGCGUCGUCGACGUGGCGCUGGACCGAGGCGCGGACCACGGUCUUCGUGGGCCUCGGCACGCGCGCGCCGCCCGGCCUCUUCACGCUUCCCAUUACUGGACGGGAGCGGGCGAGCUACGUCGCGAUUUUGAGGCAUCCGGUCCUGCGCGUCGUCUCUCGUUAUUGGUUCGAGGCUGUGUGGAAUCAACCAGUGAGAGGUGCCAGGGACGACGUCGCGUCGAUGGCGUGGGCGUCCGGAAUUUGUUUUCCACACAGGUUCGAAGGCGCCUGGGGCCAGCACCAGGCGGAGAAGGGUCGGCCGCGCCCACUCGGAGCGUGGGUCAACCGGACGCGCUUCCCCAACCGCCAAAGUCCGGGCCACCUGUGGAACGUGCCUGACAAUCUCUACUCAAAAACUUUCGGAGGUUGGCGCGGCAACAAGGCCUGCGACGCCACCGAUCCGACGUGUGUCGGUGGCGUUGGCGCCGCGAUGACCGGUCGGGCAGAAAGAGCUCUCGCGCACGUCGACGGCUUGGUCCUAACGGAAUGGAUAAAUGCCCCGGCGCAGAUCGAGUUCCUAUCGAGGAAGUUCUGUUUCCAGACGGACGGCGCGGGCCGCUCGCCCGGCGCGCAUGCGUCCUGGUGGCACUUCCACCGGCCCCGCCGCGCCGGCGGGGGCCACGGGUCGAAGCGGCCCGCGGGGUGGGUGCCGGACGAGCUCGAGCUGCUCGUCAGGAUCAACAGAUGGGACCUGCGGCUCUUCGCGCGCGCCGCGGAGAUGAUCCGGCGGCGCGUCGCGGCAUCCGUGGGCGACGCGCUCGCGGGGACGCUGCCCAAGCUGGCGCCGGCCGACGUCGCCGGUCUUACAGCUUGGCUGAAGAACUGUCCGGCGCCAACGAGCGAAGUCGCGGCGUGUUGAUAAUGUAC